AUGAAAUUUUCAUCUGCCAUCUCAGCCUUGACCGCUCUGGUCUCGGUGUGUAGCGCCGCUGCUACCACCAAAGCAAUCUCCGCCUCCGUGACCUUCGAUAACAACAGGAGAUUCCUGUUUGAUACAGAUGGUCGACAGAUUGAUGCCUAUGGCUCCAAGAUCAACAACUUCAAUGGCAAAUACUAUCUUUACGGAAACUCUUUUUCAGAGACCGGAGUGGCUUACGGUAUAAAGUCGUACUCUUCGAGCGAUCUACAGAAUUGGCAAUACGAAGGACUGUUGUUCGAUCCUGCGAGCAAGUCUAGCCCUUGUUCGGGUUCCGGAGGCUGCGGUCGACCUCACAUAGUGUACAAUCCCAACAAGAAGUCAUACGUGCUCUGGGCAAACGCUGGAGAAACUGGCUACGUCGUUGCGACAUCAUCGUCACCGAGUGGACCUUUUGUCUUCUCAGCAGCCAAGGCACUCAUCGAUCCAGCUUUCAAUGGCUUGCAGCCAGCCGAUUUCACCGUUGAGGUCAUUGACGGUACAGGUUACAUUGUUUUCUCCGCCUUGAACUUCAGAAGUCCUAACGCCGGCAAUGUGUGGCCUCCAAUCUUCCAAAACUUGCAUGUCAGCAAGUUGACCGCAGAUUUCAUGAACACGACUAUGGUCAGCUAUCCCGUUAGCUCAGGAGCUGCAGACUUGAUCGACAACGAAGCAGAGUCGCCGGAUAUCUUCAAGCAGGGCAACACCUUUUAUGUCGCAGCCUCGAACACUUGCGGAUACUGCAAUGGAUCGAUCGCUCUGUUGUAUCGCGCAAAUUCGAUCCAGGGACCCUGGACACGCCAGAUUCUCGAAGGCUACUCCUGCAAUGGUCAAGUUGAAGGUGUUCUCCCUCUGACAAACCCUUCGACUGGUGCUGUGACCAAUGUCUGGCAUUCGACUUCUGUUCCUGGAGGCCCUCGCACAGGAUUCGGCGGUCAUAUUUUCCAGCCUCUUACCUUCAAUACUGAUGGCAGCGCCAAGAACCUUGAUUGCUCGACCACUGCUACCUUCCCUGUCACCUUUACCAAGGGCAACGGCACCGCAGCUGCAGGCAACGCCACCAAAGCAGGAGAUGCCACUCCAGCGCUGGCAGUAUACAACCCUGUCUGCGACUCCGACUCGUUCAUCCUGUACCAGACUUGGACAGCUUCGAAGAGCGGUACCAUCAAGAGUGUGUCCCUCAAUGUUGCACGCGGCUCCCAAACUGUGCCUCUCACCCUCACUGUCUUCAAGCUUUCUUCACUCAACGACCUCUUCACGCCCGAAUAUAAAUGGACACAGCUAGGCACCGCAGCUUUCAACGCCAACCAGACCACCUACACCUUCGACACCGUGACCGUACCAGUAACGACCAAUGCUACAGUCAGCAAAGGAGAGCUACUUGGUUUGUCGAUCUCGGGCGCCGAUUAUUCGCCCUGGUGUCAUUUGGAGUACCAGACGACUUCUGGUUGUGGAUUCAAGUUGUACCAGCAGGGUAAUGGGCAGUAUUCUUGGCGCGGAUUACAGGGAAAGAAUGCGCCCGUGUAUGAGAGGCAGGGCAAGAGUGUCAAGUUUUUCGCGACGUAUGCUUGAUCAUGUCGCAUAGAUCAGCAAACAUGAAUACCGUAGUUGUCUAAUGAACACUCUGAUCCAGUAUUUUUGCGAUGCCACGGGAGUUAAAAGUGGGAGAUUGUGUCGGUCACCCAAGCUGCCGGCUCGCCGUGCGCUCGUCAUGAGACUUUAUCGACGGCGCGUAUUUGGUCCGUUCUGUUCGUCAUCACAGCCUGGACGUCUAUACCAUCGAAGUCGCUUGCAAAUGUAUAGCAAGUCUUUGGUAAG